CUGUCUCUCUCUCUCUCUCUAAACUUUAUUCUUACACAGCGAGAGAGAGAGAGAGAGGGCUUUAAAUGCUUCACUGACUCGACUCGCGGUGGCCGGAAACUCACACUGUCACCGCGUUUCCUGGCGGGUUUUCCGGUAACGCUCGCACUUUGAGCUCUGCCACUUACAGAAGUGUGUUCCGACGAAUCUUUUUCUCCUUACGUUUGAGCUUUACUUCGUCCCCGUCUCCAGAUCGAAACCCCUGCUUCUCUCUAACCGCUGCGUUCCUGUCGCCUUCCACUCCGAGAAUUCGACUUUUGUUUCCUGUUUUCUUCCCUCUUUCUGUCAUGUUUUUGGCCUUUUGAAAAGGAUUUCCUACAUUGGGUUUUUGGAGCGUUUGUUUUGCUAAUGUGGCUGGCUGGUGGUGUGUUAGGAGCGUCUUUGUUUAUUAGUGUUCUGGGUUUUCCUCAUAUUUGUCUACUGGUCUAAAAUUCUAGCCGUUAAGAGCCAAAAAUGCAGAGUCAUAUAUAAACAUAAGCAUACGCACUUAUAGGUAUGUAUAUGUUUGUGGUUUGGCAAGCUUUACGAGUAGUUUAUGCUAUGAAAUGUGCUUCUUGAGGAUUAGCGGAGUUUAAGACUUAGUAUCCGUUUCAGCUGUUAUUUGAAAUCAUUGUAUGCGUUAUUAGGCUAUAUUCUUCUGAAAAGAGGAAAAUUUCUUUUUGUAGGGUUCCUUUAUAUCAGAAGAGAACAAGAAUUUUCUUUAUUGGGCUCCAUAAACCAGCCAAUGCCUUGAGAGAGUCUGCAUUUUACUAAUUUCUUGAAAAUGAGGAGUCUUCUUGGUGUUUUCUUUUUCAUCUUUUUAUCUCCGUUCUCAGUGAAAUCUUUGAGCCCUUCUCUAAAUGAUGAUGUUCUGGGGUUAAUUGUGUUCAAAGCUGAUAUUCGAGAUCCUGAUCAGAAAUUAAGUUCUUGGAAUGAAGAUGAUGAUAGCCCAUGUAAUAAUUGGAUUGGUGUAAAAUGCAACCCUAGAUCCAAUAGAGUGUCUGAACUUGUUCUUGACGGCUUUGGCCUCUCAGGAAAACUAGGAAGAGGCCUCCUUCAACUGCAGUCUCUGCAAAAGCUCUCACUUGCAAAAAACAAUCUUACUGGAAGCUUGAGCCUCAGCUUAGCUCAGCUGUCUGAUCUGAGGGUCCUGGACUUGAGUGAAAAUGGUUUAUGGGGGUCGAUAUCCAGUGAUUUCUUUAUGCAAUGUGGGUCUUUGAGAUCAAUUUCCUUGGCCAGAAACAAGUUUUCAGGCCCAAUUCCUGAGAGUUUAGGCUCGUGCUCCACUCUUACUUCACUUAACUUCUCUGGGAAUCAGUUCUUGGGGCUGUUGCCAUCUGCAAUAUGGUCAAUGCCUGCUCUUAAGUCACUUGAUUUGUCUGAUAACAUGUUGGAGGGUGAAAUUCCUCAGGACAUUGAAGGUUUGAAAAAUUUGAGGGUGAUUCGAUUGAGGAAUAAUAAGUUCACUGGUAAAGUUCCUGAUGGAAUUGGGAAUUGUUUGUUAUUAAGGUCAAUUGAUUUUAGCCAAAAUUUGCUUUCUGCUGGGCUUCCAAGCACAAUGCAGAAGCUUUCCUUGUGCAAUGUUCUACUUUUAGCUAGAAAUCUUUUCACCUGGGAGAUGCCUGAAUGGAUUGGAGAAAUGAGAAGCCUUGAGACCGUCGAUUUUUCCGAGAAUAACUUUACAGGACAACUUCCAGAUUCUUUAGGGAAGCUUCAGUCAUUGAAGAUUCUGAAUGUAUCUAAGAAUGCUCUCACUGGAAGCUUGCCUGAGACUAUGAGCAAUUGUAUUAACCUAGUGGCAUUUGAUAUUAGUCAUAAUUCUUUGACAGGUAAUCUUCCUUCUUGGCUGUUCAAACUUGGUUUAGAGCAAGUUCUGUUUUCAGACAACAGGUUAAGUGGGAGCAUCGAUGGUGCUUUUACCUCAUCGACGGACAACUCUCAGAAAAAGCUUGUGAUUCUGGAUGUCUCUCAAAAUGAUCUAUCUGGAGCAAUUCCAGCUGUUCUCGGGGAUUUUGGCAGCUUGCAGUUGUUAAAUAUGUCUAUGAAUUUUUGCUCCGGAGUUUGUGUAGCGGGCAUUGGGUCCACCCAUCCCAAAUCCACCCUUUGAUCAUAUUUUUUAUUAGAAAAAUUGAAAAAAUUAAGUAUUCUUGAUUUGAGUGAUAACCAAUUAAACGGCAGCAUUCCUUCGGAGCUGGGAGGACUCUCAUUCCUUGACGAAAUGAGACUUGAAAAGAACUCACUUGGGGGAGAGAUUCCUUUAUCAAUCGGGAAUUGCGCUUCACUUAAGUCCUUGUGUCUUGCUCAUAAUGAAAUAACUGGUUCGGUCCCUGCUUCCCUUGCAAAGCUCUCCAACCUUCAAAUCAUCGACCUCUGUUUCAACAAGCUGACCGGUACCCUACCAAAGCAGCUGGCAAAUCUUGUACGCCUUCAAUCAUUUAACAUUUCACACAACCAGCUAGAAGGUGAACUUCCAGCUGGUGGAUUUUUCAACACCAUUUCUCCAUCAUCUGUAUUGGGGAACCCAUCUCUCUGUGGGGCGGCAGUCAAUAGAAGUUGUCCCACUGUCCUUCCCAAACCAAUUGUGCUUAAUCCAAACUCUACUGAUGCCACUCCGGGUACCGUCCCUCAAACAUUUGGUCACGGGAAGAAAAUCCUCAGCAUUUCUGCACUGAUUGCCAUUGGUGCAGCUGCUGCAAUUGUCAUUGGUGUUAUUGCUAUCACUGUGCUUAAUCUUCGUGUACGUUCUUCCAUGUCUCGCUCCGCUGUGGCUCUUACCUUUUCUGGAGGUGAUGACUUUAGCCAUUCACCAUCCACUGAUGGGAAUUCGGGGAAACUCGUCAUGUUUUCAGGCGAUCCUGAUUUUAGCACUGGGGCACAAUCUCUUCUCAACAAAAAUUGUGAACUUGGGCGUGGGGGAUUUGGAUCUGUCUACCGGACUACACUUAAAGACGGACGCUCUAUUGCCAUAAAGAAGCUCACAGUUUCAAGUCUUGUCAAGUCCCAGGAAGAGUUUGAAAGGGAAGUCAAGAAAUUGGGGAAAGUUCGUCAUGUUAAUCUUGUGGCACUUGAUGGUUACUACUGGACUCCCUCAUUACAGCUUCUUAUUUAUGAAUAUGUCCCCGGUGGAAAUCUGUACAAGCAUCUUCAUGAAGGAUCUAGUGGAAACUACCUGUCAUGGAACGAAAGAUUUAACAUUAUUCUGGGAGCUGCUAAAGGCUUGGCUCAUUUGCACCAAAUGAAAGUAAUUCACUAUAACUUAAAAUCGAGUAACAUAUUGAUUGACAGCUCUGGGGAACCUAAGGUUGCAGAUUGUGGUUUAGCUCGUUUGCUACCAAUGUUAGACCGGUAUGUACUGAGCAGCAAAAUUCAGAGUGCUCUUGGAUACAUGGCACCUGAAUUUGCGUGCAAAACUGUCAAGAUAACAGAGAAAUGCGACGUCUAUGGGUUUGGCAUAUUGGUCUUGGAGAUAGUAACUGGGAAGAGGCCCGUCGAGUACAUGGAGGACGACGUGGUAGUGCUUUGUGACAUGGUUAGAGGAUCACUAGAAGAAGGCAAAGUGGAGGAAUGCGUUGACGACAGGCUGCAAGGGAAGUUUCCGGCUGAAGAGGCGAUUCCGGUGAUGAAGUUAGGCCUUAUCUGCACAUCACAAGUGCCUUCAAACCGGCCCGACAUGGCGGAAGUAGUUAACAUAUUGGAGCUGAUAAGAUGUCCUUCUGAAAGCCAGGACGAGUUGGGAGAUUUCAGCUGAAUGUUGGGGAGUUGAGGCAUAUGCAUUUUAACAAUGGCUGAAUCCGGUGAAGAAGAAUCGAGGAUUGGUUUACUGCCAACGGGGAAGUGAGAUUGAGUUGUUGGAAUUGUUUUGCUCCCAUUGAGUUUCUGUACUUUCUUCUCCAUUUUGAACUUUGUUUCUUGAUUCCUUUUCACCGGCUUCCGAUUUGGGACCUUGUUCAUAUAUUACUUGCAUCAUUUUACUUAUUUAUGUGGCCUUCUCAAUA